UACUUUUUGUGUUUAUAAUUGUGAGUAUUUGCUGCUAUGUUUAGCAGGACCCAUCUUAAAAGAUAUUGUCUAGCUUAUAAAGUAAAAACAAAUGUUGAAGAUCAAAAUCCUGUUUUCAUAUAAAACCCUUACCAAAUUAAAAAAGGAAAAAAAAAAAGAAAAGAGAAAAAUAUUAUUGAGAAAUUCUAAGUCCUGGAAUUUUCCAUGUCGAGCUGAUCCAAUGCAGACAGUACAGACUAAAGAGAGGAUUUUUUGUGCUUGUGGUUUAAAUAGGAUGAGGUUAAUAUUUUUUCCCAAUUGCAAUCUCUUUCUGUAGUGACAGGGUAUGUUUCUAAUUUUAUUUAUGGAGGUGGGUGGGUUGGAUCACUGAAACGAAGAUUUUGGUUUGGAUGUGGAUUUGUAUACCUAUUCCUCCCUGUAAAGACCAGGGCUGCUUGUAUCCAGACUCAUCUUUUCAAUUAAUUUGCAGUAAUUAAAGGGUGCUGUGUGGGAUGGGGCUAAAGAGAAACACAAUUAAAAUCUAAUGCUUUUACUUUGGUAUCUGCAUCCUUAUUUAUUUUAAACUAUCUUCAAUGCUCUGACGAAUUUAAGUCUUCCUGUAUCACAUACUGUGCAAACAGAAAUAUGUGAGUGAACUGUUGCCAAUGGCUCUGAGCAAGCAUGGGGCAUGUUUCAGAUUACACUGUGUUUUCUUGUUUGGAUCUGAUCUCCUUGCUAGGAGAGGCUGAGAGAGGCAGCUUGGGGGGAUUUACUUCUAGCAGCAGCAGCAGCACAUGAUCCAUCAAUCGCGUGAUUCUCACCACUAAGGACUAAUGGGGAGGGUGAAGAAAAAGUAAAUGCUGCCUUGGGGAAGCAACAGUAUUUUCUUCUGCUCCUGGGGCCCCUCCACCAGCUGGACAUUUCAUGGCUUCUCCAAGGUUAGAAACCUACUGCUGCCCUAACAGGGAUGCAGCUACACAGCUAGUGAUGAACUUCCAGCCUGAAGUCUUCUGCGGAGUUUGCAUUGGCAGUGCCUCCAUCAGUCUGAUGCUGACCAUCCUGCAGCUUCUGCCAAAGAAAGGGCAGAGCCCACGGAAGAUGCCCAAAGCCUCCUCCUCUUCCACCAUCCUUCUCCUUAUCUCCAUUUGUGACAUCCUUGGAGGCUUAGGUAUGAUCUUUAGGUCAAGUGUAUGGCUAGGCUUCCCAGGCUUCAUAGCUAACAUUUCUGUGGCGAACAGGACUGAUGUGUGGCCUUCCACUUUCUGCGUGGGGAGCGCGAUGUGGAUCCAGCUGUUAUAUAGUGCUGGCUUCUGGUGGUUGUUUUGCUAUGCUGUUGAUUCUUACUUGGUGGUGAGAAGAUCAGCAGGACUGAGUACAAUUGUGCUGUACCACAUGAUGACGUGGGGCCUUGCAGUGCUGCUCUGCGUGGAGGGGAUUGCACUGCUUUAUUACCCUUCUAUCUCCAGCUGUGAAAAUGGCUUGGAACAUGCAAUCCCACAUUACGUCACAACCUAUGCCCCACUCCUGCUAGUGCUGGUGGUCAACCCAAUCCUGUUUAGGAGGACAGUAUCAGCAGUUGCCUCCUUACUGAAAGGAAGACAAGGGAUUUACACGGAGAAUGAAAGACGUCUGGGAACAGAGAUCCAGAUGCGCUUUUUCAAAAUUAUGCUGGUAUUUGUUAUUUGCUGGUCAUCCAAUAUUAUCAAUGAGACCCUUUUGUUCUAUCUCGAAAUGCAGCCAGAUAUCAAUGAAAUGCCCCUGAAAAACAUCAGAAGUGCUGCACUGAUCACAUGGAUUAUAAUGGGGGUUCUUAAUCCGAUGCAAGGCUUUCUUUUCACAUUAGCUUUUUAUGGGUGGACAGGAUGGAGAGUGGACCUGAAAUGGCGAAAAAGAGAAAUCCCCUGGGAAUCUAUGUCCUCGUCAACUGCGGGGGAAAAUGCCUAUCCCUCUCCAGUGAACUACCAGAGCAACGUCCAUGAUUCAAAGAAGAUAUCGACAACUGACAGCCAGCAGACUGAUGAGGCUAUAAGCAUGUUGUCUGAAGGUAACACUAGCAGUGAUGAGAGAUUAACCAGAAGCUCUCCCAUCUACCAGGGCUGGUAGUUUUAGGUGCAGAGCUGGAUCUAACUUUUCACAUUGUCAAUACUUAUAAAACCACAUUAAUGUGUGAAUCAUUGUGUACUCUGGAAUUAGGUUUGUGCUCAGUGGCUUGAUGUCAUUUCCUAUAACUUGAGAGAGUGUGUGAAAGAGCAUGUGAGACAGAGAGAUAUGGUUUAUAUCUUUAUUUGCCUUCUAGGAGACAUGUAAACAGGUAUAAAGGCUUGAUCCUUUUUCAGUAGGAGCAUAUCUCUGCAAAGAUAUAUGUUUCUGACAAUUA